GAACCCAACAGUCAUGUGAUCCUGCAACCUGUUUAUCUCUCAAGUAGAUCGAUAUAUCAAAUCGAGUGUUAAUGUUCAGAUGUAAAAUACUCUCCGUUCAUUUUUGAGCAUUAAACCUAUGGUAGACACAAUUUACUUGUGUAAGCAUUGGUGGGAUCACACUGAUAAACAUUAUAGAUAGCAAUCGGAUUUUCAUUUUAACCUGAGAACAUUGUGUGUAUUGUAUGGAGAGUAGCAGUUAGGUUGAGAACCAAAAUGGCGGAACGAAUGGAAACGCCAUUACAAUUAGCGUCGGAUAGUGUGUAUGAUUGUCUUUGUUUCGGAUGCGAAGAGAGCGGUCUGCAAAUCGAGGCUCAAUAUUUCUGCAAAAGGUGUCAACGCCACUUUUGUGAAAAUUGCGUCGGUCAUCAUAAUCAAAUUUUCAAGAACCAUGUCGUUUUAGGGAAGGGAGAUAAAUCAGACUGGUCCCAUACAGAAGCAACGAUGAACUACAUAACACUGUGUGAACAACAUCCUGGAGAGACGAUUAAGAUGUUCUGUAAGGGUCACAGAAGGCUGUGCUGCAUUUAUUGCUUACACUCGGAUCAUAGGUUAUGUGAACAAGUAGUUCGUAUCGGGGAAGAUGCAGAAGAAUUUGACGUGGAAGAUCAUUUUAAGGAACUCCCGGAAAACAUUCUCGCUAAAUGUGAGAAGUUUAAAUUGGAACACAUUGACAUGGAAAAGCAGUUGGAGACUCUUCAAAUCAGUUAUGAUGAAACACUUCUAGAAAUCGCUUCUUUCCAAAAGAAAAUGACGGACGUAAUUGAGAAACUGGGGCAGUGUUCAACAUCGGAACUUGAAACAAUGUUUACAAGAAUUAAUGAAACCUGCAAAAAUGAAAUGCAGCGUCAUACGGAGAUAAAUCAAAGAUAUAAACUUCUUCAACGAGGUAUUGAAUGUAUAAAACAGGAAAAUAAGCAACUAGUGUUUAUAUUGUGUAAGAAAUAUGAUACGCUUUCUGAAGAAACAGAUUCGCUGUAUGAACGAAAGGACAACAGGGACAUUAACUUCAGGUUCCAGUAUGAGGCCUCAAUGUUGCAAUUAGUUUCUGAAUUAGGUAGUCUUGGAAAAAUUCAGACAUACAGGAACAAUCCUAAUCAAGUAAUUAAAGUAUCAGACAUGACCAAGCAUGAUAUUAGAGUCUGCUCAGAUUCCGGAGAUUCCAACAAAGCUACGAUCAUUGACAUAUGUGAAUUGGCCGACGGUGAAUUUAUAAUAGCUGACAGUUUUAACAAGAAAGUUAAAUUGUUAGAUGAUUCGUUUAAAGUUGUGUCUCAUCUUAGUUUUCCGAGGACACCAAGACAAAUGUGCAAUGUAAGUGCAUAUAGCGUGGCUCUAAUAUUUGACGAUAGGGAUCUGAACUUUAUUCGAGUAAACAGGCAGCGCAUAAUGGUAGAAAGAAUAAUAACAUUCGAGCACCUCUGCUACGGUAUUGGAUACCACAACGACGAAAUAUUUGUUACAGAUGCGGAAGAAAUCUACUGCUAUAACCUUGAAGGACAAUGUAAACAUGAAAUCUCCCUUGCACAAGCCCGCAAGUGUGCGGUAAGCCCAGAUGGGACAACUGUAUACGUCACAACUUUUCAAAAAGGUUGGAACUCGUGCCUUACAUUGGAGAAGGCUGAAACUCUUCAACCCCCUUCUGGUGAAAUUGAACUUAACAGACCUGAUGGAGUACAUGUCACUUCCAAUGGGCAGGUGCUUGUCUGUUGUGGUGUAUUUUGGGGAUCUGGGGAAGUCGUGCAACUUGAUUCGGAAGGCAAAGAUAUACUGGCAAGAUUUUCCGUAAGCGGUUCUCCUCAAUGUGUGUGCUACAGCAAAGAAAAGGGAAUUCUGCUGGUGGGUCUCUAUAGCAGUGACACAAUACAUGUGUUUGAAACAACCAGAUGA